GUUUAGCAGGGAAAUCUUUGCUAGUUUUGAAGAAGUUCUGAAAGCUCUGUUGCAUUGGGAGCCCCGCCGCUUUCAGGAGAACUAAGAAAUCUACAAGAGUCACCAUGGCUGAAUUCGGAGAGAAAAAGAGCGCCGUCGGCCCACCGGUUGCUGUCUGGAAAGCUGCGUCAGGAGGAGCCGGUACGAGCCUGGAGACGCACCGGGGAGAGUCGGUGUCAAACGGAAACUGCAGCGUGUCAGACACCGCGAAGAGGGUCCAAAACGAAUCCAGCUGCGAGUCCCCAACGUGGGAGAGCACAGGUUCAGAUUCAGCCUCCAAACCAAUCCCGCGACGCAGCAGUCUGAUCAAGGAUGGGUCACGUGUGGGUCGGGAAAGGAAGAAGACGGUGUCUUUCAGCAGCAGCCUGUCAGAGAAGAAGAUAAGCAGUGCUGCUGACUGUAUCCACUCCAUGGUUGAGGGGAGUGAGCUGAAGAAAAUCCGGCCCAACUCACGUGUUUACCAGCGCUACUACAUGCUGGACACAGGCCUCCAGGCUCUGUGCUGGGAGCCAUCCAAGAAGGAGUCAGACAAAGCCCGGAUCGCUCUCGCAUCCAUACGAGAGGUACGGACAGGUCGUAAUACAGAAACCUUCCGUACCAGUGGAGUUUAUGAGCAGAUUUCAGAGGACUGUGCAUUCUCCAUCAUCUAUGGACAGAUAUAUGAAAACUUGGACCUGGUGGCCAACUCUGCUGAAGUGGCUAACAUUUGGGUGACUGGACUAAGGUAUCUAAUGCAGUAUGGGAAACAUACCCUGGACAUGCUUGCUAGCAGUCAGAACAGUCUUCGCCUCGGCUGGCUGGAGCAGUUGUUUUCCUCUGCUGCUGAUUCGGACAGACAGGAAGAUGGUGAAGAAGGGAUUCACUUGCAGUCAGCCAUUAAAUUGAUACAGAGUGUGAACCCUGGGGUGAGCAGUGGCAAAGUAGAGCACAGGUUUAAAGAGCUUCAAAGAGUUAGGGAGAGGAUGCGUGGGCUUACCCUAGAUAAUGGAUCUGGAGUUAAAGAUCACAAUGAAACCAAAAGAAUAAUGGGAAGAAAUGAGCGAGUCACCAAGCAGGAGUUCAUCGAGGCUUUCCAUGACUUUUGCACUCGUCCGGAGAUCUACUUUCUGUUGGUGCAGUUUUCUAGCAACAAGGAGUUCCUGGACUGCAAAGACCUGAUGCGGUUCCUUGAGGCUGAGCAGGGCAUGGCUCAAGUGAGUGAGGAGACCAGCUUGAAACUCAUCCAGUCCCACGAGCCAUCGGAGGAGGGCCGGCAGCAAGGAUACCUGUCUUUGGAUGGCUUCACCAGCUACCUCACUUCGGCAGAGUGCCACCUCUUCGACAGGGAGCAUGACACUGUGUGCCAGGACAUGUCCCAGCCUUUGUCCCACUACUACAUCAACUCCUCCCACAACACAUACCUCAUUGAAGACCAGUUUAAAGGUCCCUCCGACAUCUCUGGCUACAUUCGCGCCCUCAAAAUGGGUUGUCGAUGUGUGGAGGUGGAUGUUUGGGACGGCCCUGAUGAGGAGCCAGUGGUGUGCACCGGUCACACCCUUUCCCCACCACUGGCCCUGCUGAGUGUGUUAGAAGCAAUUGGAAGAUUUGCAUUUGUGGCAUCAGAGUAUCCCUUAAUUUUAUGUAUUGAGAACCACUGUUCACUGCGACAGCAGAAAGUGAUGCAGCAACAUCUCAUGGAUAUACUAGGAGAGAUGUUAUACACAAAUCCCCCACAUGAAGGGGACUUGUUUUUACCAUCGCCACAUGGCCUAAGGCAUCGAAUCCUACUGAAGGGUAAGAAGCUGGGGCCAGGUAGUGAUGGGGAGGAUGGGGAAGUAAGUGAGGAGGAUGAAGGGGCGGAGAUGUGUCAAAGGAUGAAAGCAGCUAAUAGUGGAGGGGCAGCGCCUGGAGGAAGUGAGAAGGACAUGUUGCAGAAAAUCGUCCUUUUCACAGCCGUCAGUCAUUCUAAUCCUCCUCAUCUUCCUUCCAAACGGUUCCAGCUCUUGAAGGAGCUGUCUGAUGUAGUAACUCUUUGCCACUCAGUGCGCUUCACUGACUUUCCAACAUCUUCCAAAACGCAAAGACCUUGGGAACUGUGUUCCUUUCAUGAGUCUCUGGCUGUGCAUCUUGCAGGGGAGAGCCCUGGGGACUUUGUCAAUCAUAACAAGCAUUUCCUGUCACGGGUGUACCCAAGCCCCAUGCGUAUCGACUCAAGCAAUAUGAACCCUCAGGACCUGUGGAAGUGUGGGUGCCAAAUUGUGUCUAUGAAUUUUCAGACAGCAGGACUGAUGAUGGACCUGAACACAGCUUGGUUCCGGCAGAAUGGGAACUGUGGUUACGUUCUUCGGCCAGCUAUCAUGCGGCAGGAAGUGUCUUAUUUCAGUGCCGACACCAGAGACACAGUGCCCGGUGUGUCUCCGCAGCUGCUUCAUGUGAAGGUGAUAAGUGGCCAGAACCUGCCCAAGCCAAGGGGUUCUGGGGCCAAAGGGGAUGUGGUGGACCCAUACGUGUAUGUGGAGAUCCACGGCAUUCCAGCUGACUGCACAGAGCGCCGCACCAGGACAGUGACCCAGAACGGGGACAACCCUAUCUUUGAUGAGAGCUUUGAGUUCCAGAUCAACCUGCCAGAGCUUGCUAUGGUUCGCUUCGUGGUGCUGGAUGAUGACUUCAUAGGGGAUGAGUUUAUAGGUCAGUAUACCAUCUCUUUAGAGUGUCUUCAGCCGGGUUACCGACAUGUACCACUUCAGUCUCUGACAGGAGAGGAACUUCCCCACGCCAAACUAUUUGUGCACGUGGCCCUCACUAAUCGUAGAGGAGGGGGAAAGCCUCACAAACGGGGCCUGUCUGUGCGGAAGGCUAGGAAGGGGAGGGACUACACAGCUCUGAGGGACUUGGGAGUCCGGGCUGUGGACGAGGUUUUCAAGAUGGCUGCUCCACUGCUUAGAGAGGCCACUGACCUGAGGGAAAACAUGCAGAACUCUGUAGCAGUGUUCAGGGAGCUGUGUGGGGUGUCGGCUGUGGCUAACCUUAUGCAGUGCGUACUGGCUCUGAGCUCUAGAGUGUCAGGACCAGACGGGACGCCUUUGGUACUGUUUGACCUCCGGGACCACUACCCCACCCUGGAGCCUCAGGGGCCCCUGCCUGAUGUCCUUCGCCGUGUCGUCUCCACCUAUGAAAUGAUGGUCCAGGCGAGCAGACCAGUGAUCGAGCUCUCCGAUGGAAUCUACGACAGGAUCCUGCAUAUACAAACAACGGCAAUGGAGUUUCAUGAGAAGCUGCAGAGCCUGGCAGCGAAGGAGGGGCUGAAAGGUCGCAAGGUCAGUCGAGCGCUGGAGAGCUUCAGCUGGAACAUCACGAUCCUUAAGGGCCAGGCUGACCUACUGAAGCAUGCCAAGGCUGAAGUCCAGGAGAACAUGAAGCAGGUCCAUGAUGCGGCUUUGACUGGAAACCUCACCAAGGAGAGUCCAGGAGUGACAAGAGUCCGCUCCCAAAUACGACGAGGCCAGGAUGACAGACCCGCCACGAAUGCUAGAGGAACCUCUGCAUAACAAGCAAAUGAGAGAGGACACAACCAAAUUGCCAUUUUAGAUGCUGUGACAGACCCUCCUACUGUCGUCUAUUUGUUCCAACGUAUUAGUCUGCCACAGUGGGAGAGUUUCAUAAUGUUGUGGGAGUACAAUAGCAAGUACCCCGUUUAUAAGAAAGAAGAACAGAAGAGUUGAUGAAUGUAAAAGUCUUCAAAAAGCUGCCACUUUCCACCCACCUGUUGCUGAACACUUGGGAGCUGUGGACGUCAGAGCGCUGCUGUGAGGAGACAAAAGAUACAAAUAAAAAUUGAGAGUUAAAUGUAGUUUGUUUUGAAGCCAAGGUUCCACUGUUUGUACUGUAUUAAACUGUAAAUAUACCAAAUGUUUAUUAUCUUAUGUGCAAUGUUUUUGAGGUUUGAACUGUGUCAUAAACAGGGAGGAAAAAAUGUCAUUUUUCUAGCACGGUCUGGAAUGACUUUAGUCAAAAGAUGUUAAAAACCUUUUGAAAUCUUUUGGAAAUCAGCCACCUCCACGUGCUGGUGGUUUGUACUUCACUAAGCUGCUAUAGUACCUAGCAAUAUCAAGUAAGGAAGGUAUUUUAAAUUCAAAUGUCUUGGACCAGUGCAACCCCUAUAUGCUCUCUCCAGUUUUUCCAUGAAGCAUUUUUAGGUCCUGGAUCGCUGAUCUUCAUCCAGUCACCAUGAGGUCCUUUGUCUUGCCACACAAUUCUCCACUUCACCCUCUAACUAUUGUCUUACAUACAGUAUUGUAUAUUUUUGUAUUUUCCUCAAACCCUUGUGGUAAUUAAACCACUGCUACCUGCCAUAAUGAUCAACUCCAUUGCUGUAAAUGUCUGCCUCUAGGAACAAAUACUGUUUUGUUGAAAGUGCUUAAUUUGUGUUCAAAACACUGUACAGUAUUUUAUUAUGUAAUUCUAUCCUUUUACUGUAAAGAAUAUUUUAAAUAAGUUAUUGAUCCUGAAUGAAAACAUUCCAUAAAGACGUUAUUGGUGCAGUAGAUGAGGCUAAACAUGUUCAACUCUGUAAGGUUGCAGUUCAUGAUUACCUUCCGUAACAA